GGGGGAAGAAGCGAGAAGUUGAGUGGAAGGAAGAGGCGCGAACGACUUGGGGAUGGCACAGAAGGCUCUGUGCCGGGUUUCUCACUUUCUGCCUCUGGCUUCAUUCCUGACUGCCACGCGUUUAGGGCUUUUUGUGCUCCACAAAACGACCCGCCUUCUUUUCCGGGUAAGCGCGGCAGAGAGAGGGACCGAAUUCCUGGUACACGCUUAAAUACCACGCCGUCUCGACUUGGCUCUGUCGCCCAUCAGAGGAAAGAAAACGACAGAGACCGCAUACUGGGGAGAGUCGUGCUGCAGUGGUGUGGCCCGCACAUUCACUGCGUUUGGUAUGCUUUGGAAGAACAACGAGGCAGUACGUGAUGAACUCCAUCCGUCGUGUAUCUCCCUCCAGUCAGAAUUUCAUCGCCCCACUCACUUACUGUACAUGCUUCCCCAGGCCUCUCUGGCGAAGGCUGCAGAGGAACCUUGGGAGUUUCUCCAGGCGGUUUUUUCGACGAUUUCGUGGGAACUGCGUCGGGGUGAGGAAGAAAGUCCUUCCGACGAUCAAAAUGGCGGACAUUGGCAAGAGACCCAAGAAGCGCGUGCAGACGUUCGGCCGCAAGAAGAAUGCGGUUGCCGUCGCGCUCUGCACUCAAGGCAAGGGGCUGCUCCGUGUGAACGGAUGCCCCCUGGAGCACCUUCAGCCCGAAGCUUUGAAGGUGAAGGCAUUCGAGCCUCUUCUUCUCUUGGGGAAGGAACGCUUUCAGGAUGUCGACAUUCGCGUUCGUGUUAGCGGAGGAGGGUACGUUGCUCAGAUCUACGCCAUCCGGCAAGCCAUCGCUAAGGCCGUCGUCGCCUUCAACCAGAAGUAUGUGGACGAGGCAACAAAGAAGGAAGUUCGUGAUAUUCUCGUUGCGUACGACAGAUCCCUGAUCGUCGCCGAUCCGCGGCGCUGCGAGCCGAAGAAGUUUGGCGGUCCUGGUGCCAGAGCACGCUACCAGAAAUCUUAUCGAUGAGUGUUUUGGAGGGUUCCUGUCUCCCCUGUUCGGUUUUCUGAAGGGGAGGAAGGGAGGUCUUCUUGUGUGCUCGUUGACUCUUUUCACUUCACCCUUGUGGAUCCUCUUUCUUCUUUGGCGCGCAGCCCAUGGCUAAAGCUGGUACGGAAGACUGGAAGUGUGAGUAUUCUAAACUGUGCUUCGAAAACAUGCAGCCUUCUGGGCAUUGUCGGCUAGUGUGUAGCCUGAACUGUGUUGACAGCGCCUGAAAAGUUUCGAGUAAUCAUAAAGAAGUCGCCUGUA